CUCUCCCUCACUCACUCACUCACACAUUUCUCCUCAGUCCGCUCUGCUGCUAAGCUCUCGUGUGAAGUUGGGGACGGACCUCAGUAAAAGGUGUUUUUCUGGACUAUUAAACAGACGGUGGGCAGAAGUAGGAUGGAGUGAGCGGCUCUGCUGCGAGGGGUCGGUGAGAGGAGAGGAAUCGUCUGGGCAGAGAGCCGCUGGCGAGGCUGGAAGAAAAGAGAAGAGAGGAGAGGAGAAAAGGAGGUCCUCACAGCCACAGACGUUACAAACAGUACAAAGAAGCGCUUUAAAGAUGGAACUUAAACUACUUUUCCUAUCAACAUUGUUAGGAGUUUUAUGCUACAGCAGCGCUCAGCCAGAGGGGAAUGAGUGCAUCAAGGCUAAUGCGGAAUCCUGCGGGGACUGCAUACAAGUGGGGGCUAAGUGUGGAUGGUGCACAGACACAAAGUUCCUGAAGCAAGGUGAACCCACAUCAGCCCGCUGUGAUGACAUGGAGUCUCUACGGAAGAGAGGAUGUGUGGCAGCCAAGAUCGAGAACCCUCGAGGUAGUCAGAAGACUCUCAGAAACAAACCUGUCACCAACCGCAAGAAAGGAGGAGAGAAACUCAAACCUGAGGAUAUCACCCAGAUCCAGCCACAGAAACUUUCACUCAGCCUCAGAUCUGGAGAACCACAGACGAUAGACCUUAAGUUCAAAAGAGCAGAGGACUAUCCUAUAGACCUGUACUACCUUAUGGACCUGUCCUACUCCAUGAAAGACGAUCUGGAAAAUGUCAAGAACUUGGGUACCAGCCUGAUGCUGGAGAUGUCCAAGAUCACCUCUGACUUCAGAAUUGGUUUUGGCUCCUUUGUGGAGAAGACGGUCAUGCCCUAUAUCAGCACUACUCCUGCUAAGCUGUUGAACCCCUGCACUGGAGACCAGAACUGCACGAGCCCCUUCAGCUACAAGAACGUGCUGAAGCUCACUAGCAACGGGCAGCGGUUCAACACUCUGGUGGGUCAGCAGCAGAUCUCUGGCAACCUGGACUCUCCAGAAGGGGGGUUUGAUGCCAUCAUGCAAGUGGCCGUCUGCGGGGAACAUAUUGGCUGGAGAAAUGUCACUCGAUUACUGGUGUUUUCUACGGAUGCUGGUUUCCACUUUGCUGGAGAUGGAAAACUGGGUGGAAUUGUCCUUCCUAAUGAUGGAAAAUGCCACCUGGAGAACGACAUGUACACCAUGAGCCACCAUUAUGACUACCCCUCCAUUGCCCAUCUGGUGCAAAAACUGAGUGACAAUAACAUCCAGACCAUCUUUGCUGUUACAGAGGAAUUUCAGCCUGUUUAUAAAGAAUUGAAAAACCUCAUUCCAAAAUCUGCAGUGGGAACACUGUCUGCGAACUCCAGCAAUGUGAUAAAUCUUAUCAUUGAUGCCUACAAUUCUCUAUCCUCAGAGGUCAUUUUGGAGAACAGUAAGCUGCCCGAAGGAGUGACCAUCACAUACCAGUCCCACUGUAAAAAUGGAGUUGUCAGUGUUGGAGAGGACGGACGUAAAUGCUCCAACAUUUCCAUAGGAGAUGAGGUCUACUUCAGCAUAAACAUCACUGCUCUGGGCUGCCCCAAACAAGGCAAGACCGAAACUUUAAAGAUCAGACCACUGGGCUUCACUGAGGAGGUGGAGAUCAGACUGAGCUUCAUCUGUGACUGUGAGUGCCAGAAGGAAGGCAUUGUCAGGAAGGACCUCUGCCAUAAUGGCAAUGGCACGUUCGAGUGUGGAGCCUGCAGGUGCAAUAAGGGUCGUAUUGGCCGAGAGUGUGAGUGUAGGAAGGACGAGGUGUCUAGUGAGGACUUGGAUAGAAACUGUCGCAAGGACAAUGGCACAGACCUCUGCAGCAACAACGGAGAGUGUGUGUGCGGAAAGUGUGAGUGUAAGAAGAGGGACAACCCUGAGGAGUACUACAGCGGCAAGUACUGCGAGUGUGACAACUUCAACUGCGACCGCUCCAACAACAAGCUCUGUGGAGGCCACGGCCGCUGUGAAUGCAGAGUGUGCAUCUGUGAUGCCAACUACACAGGAAGUGCAUGUGACUGCUCUUUAGACACCUCCACCUGUCUGGCCUCCAAUAAUCAGAUCUGUAAUGGCAGAGGCCUUUGUGAGUGCGGUACCUGCAGGUGCACCGACCCCAAAUUCCAAGGACCCACCUGUGAGAUCUGCCCCACCUGCCCUGGGGUCUGCACUGAACACAAAGCAUGCGUCCAGUGCCGAGCUUUCGGUACAGGAGAGAAGAAGGACACUUGUGAGCAAGACUGCAACUACUUCACUCUAGUCAAGGUGAAAGACAGGGACAAGCUGCCCCAGCCAGUGCAGGCCUUCCCUCUCAUGCACUGCAAGGAGAGAGAUGCCAAUGACUGCUGGUUCUACUACACCUACGCCGUCAACAACUACACAGAGGUCCAUGUCGUGGAGACUUUAGAAUGCCCGGCUGGUCCUGACAUCAUCCCCAUUGUGGCGGGAGUGGUUGCUGGAAUUGUGCUGAUUGGUCUGGCCCUGCUGUUAAUCUGGAAGCUGCUCAUGAUCAUUCAUGACCGCCGCGAGUUUGCUAAGUUUGAGAAAGAGAAAAUGAACGCCAAAUGGGACACGGGGGAAAAUCCAAUCUACAAGAGUGCUGUUACAACUGUGGUCAAUCCCAAAUAUGAAGGCAAAUAAUGGAUGCGUCCAAUGUGUUCAUAACAAUGUUCUUAAUUUGACUUUGAAAUAUUAUGUCCUUCCAUUUAAACCUUUCAUUUUAUUUUGUAGAAAUGUGCAUUUUAUAUUGUAGCACUGCAUUAGGACACAACAAUUAUGUGCCUCCUAUCAACUCAUUGCAAAAAUGUGUACAGUUUGUAUAGACUUUUUAUUUGCAUCUGUAUUUUUUGAGUACUGUUAUAUCCUUUCUUUUACACAGGACAGACAUUUAUGCCUUUCACAAUGAUGCAGUGAACAUUUUGUUUAAUGUUGCGAGGCAAAAGACACUCAUAAAGUGGCACAUGAAGUAUCACACAGCGUUUUAUGAAGACGGCUAAUGAUUAUCUGCUUUGGUCAUUCUGCAUUUCUGUGCAGACGGCUGUAUAAAUCCUGAUUUGUCAUUGUUCUGCAUUAGACUGGGUGUAUGAAUAUGACACUGAUACGUAACAUGCCAUUAAUGAUCUGAAUAUAACAUCUCAUUAAUGACGACACAGCUGACAAUCAGGGAACCGCUUAUUCUUAUUGUUAUCUUAUUAUAAGCCAAUGAAUUCAUAGAUACAUGCGUCCAUGAAUCACAGGUGUCCUACAACGCUAUCAAACAUUUUUAUUUUAGAACUUAAGCUACAGCAGCUUCACCAGUUCUACUGGAAAUAUUGAUUCAUAAUGGCACAUUUGUCCUGUGGUCAUUCUUUUCCCUUUGUUCUGUACUUUGAAUAGUUCAUUUUGAGCAAUUAUGCAAUUAUCUGGUUAUCUAAUCACUGAGAGAGUGACCUCACUCACAGCAUGUCUUCAUAUCAUUAGUGGCCAUAAAAAGCCGCUAAUAACAUGUACUGAUCGUCCUUCAUAGGAAAUCCUACACUCAUAUUCAUUACUGUGAGCCCCAAACUGGCUAAUUGUACAUACAUAUACACACCCACACAGUCAUGGCCAAAAGUGUUGGCAUCCCUGAAAUUUGUAUUUCUCCCAGAAAAUUAUUGCCAUUACACGUUUUGUUAUACGUGUUUAUUUUCUUUGUGUGUAUUGGAACAACACAAAAAAAACUGAAAAAAAAGCCAAAAUUUAUACAUACAAAACUCCAAAAAUGGGCUGGACAAAAUUAUUGGCACCUAAACUUAAUAUUUGGUUGCACAACUGAAAUCACUCGCUUCCUAUAACUAUCAACAAGCUUCUUGCACCUCUCAACUGGAAUUUUGGACCACUCUUUUGCAAACUGCUCCAGGUCUCUCAUAUUUGAAGGGUGCCUUCUCCCAACAGCAAUUUUAAGAUCUCUCCACAGGUGUUCAGUGGGAUUUAGAUCCAGACUCAUUGGUGGCCACUUCAGAACUCUCCAGUGCUUUGUUUCCAUCCAUUUCUGGGUGCUUUUUGAAGUAUGUUUGGGGUCAUUGUCCUGCUGGAAGACCCACGACCUAGGACGCAAAGCCAGCUUUCUGACACUGGGCCCUACGUUGUGACCAAAAAUCCUUCGGUAAUCUUCAGAUUUCAUGAUGCCUUGCACACAGUCAAGGCACCCAGUGCCAGAGGCAGCAAAAAUACCCCAAAACAUCUUUGAACCUCCACCAUAUUUGACUGUAGAUACUGUGUUGUUUUCUUUGUAGGCCUCAUUCCAUUUUCAGUAAACAGCAGAAUGAUGUGCUUUACCAAAAAGCGCUGUCUUGGUCUAAUCUGUCCACAAGACAUUUUCCCAGAAGGAUUUUGGCUUACUCACGUACAUUUUGGCAAACUGCAGUCUAGCUUUGUUAUGUCUCUGUGUCAGCAGUGGGGUCCUCCUGGGUCUCCUGCCAUAGCGUUUCGUUUCAUUCAAAUUGAAUUAACUUGACGGAUAGUUUGCGGUGACACUGAUGCACCCUGUGCCUGCAGGACAGCUUGAAUUUCUUUGGAACUUGAUUGGGCUGCUUAUCCACCAUCCGGACUAUCUUGUGUUGCAACUUUGUAUAAAUUUUUUUUCUUCUGUCCAUGUCCAGGGAGCUUAGCUACAGUGCCAUGGGUUGUAAACUUCUUGAUUAUGUUGCGCACUGUGGACAAAGGAACAUCAAGAUCUCUGGAGAUGGACUUGUAACCUUGAGAUUGUUGAUAUUUUUCCACAAUUUUGGUUCUCAAGUCCUCAGACAGUUCUCCUCUUUCUGUUCUCCAUACUUAGUGUGGCAGACACAGACACACAAUGCAAAGACUGAGUCAACUUCUCUCCCUUUUAUCUGGUUUCAGGUGUGAUUUUUAUAUUGCCCACAUCUGUUACUUGCCACAGGUCAGUUUAAACGAGCAUCACAUGCUUGAAACAGAGUUGUUUACCCACAAUUUUGAAAAGGUGCCAAUAAUGUCCAGCCCAUUUUCGGAGUUUUGUGUGAAAUUAUGUCAAAUUUGCCUUUUUUCUCUGCUUUUUAGUGUUGUUCCAAUACACACAAAGGAAAUAAACAUGUGUAUAAGAAAAUGUGUAACUGCAAUAAUCUUCUGGGAGAAAUACUACAAAUCAAAAGAUUUCAAUUUAAAAAAAUACUAUAAAAAUUUCAGGGCUGCCAACACUUCCGCCCAUAUAUAUAUAAUAUUUGACAGAAUAUGUUGUAUAUGCUGUGAGGUCAUACAUAGUCAGAUGGACUGUAAAAAGACCUAUGCAUUUAAAGGUAGACGUUAGCUGAGCGGCAAAUUGGUUUGAAACCACUGGUGCCAUUUUUUGUAACAAAAUGAUUGGAUUUGUGGAAAAUAAUUUCAUGGUACGAUCAUGUAGUUUAACUUUCUAUCAUUCUGAUAUUUAAUGGUUCAAUUUUAAAGUACCAACAUAAUGUACACAAUUAAUGGUGUAAAAUAAUUAAGAACUGUUUGUGCGAGAUCUAGCAAGACAACUAGAAAAUACUGAUGUUUGGAGAGACAGUAUUACAGUACCGGAGAUGCAUCAAAUGCUAGCUUGACGAGCCCUUUAUUUUCAAGUGCCUUUUCAACAUGUGCACUGUUGCCAUGCUGUUUUGAAUUUAUUUAUUAAAACGAAAAGUCAAAUGACAAAAA